AUGGCAGAUAUCCCUCUCAUACUCUUCAUUUGUCUUCUGGGAGCUUGUCUUGGUGCCGAAAAUACAGUUUUCAUCGAGAACAAAGAGGCGAGCUCGGUUCUGCGCAGGCAAAAGCGAGCCAACUCAAACAGACUGGAAGAGGUUAUUCCUGGGAACCUGGAAAGGGAAUGCAUAGAAGAAAAAUGCAGCUUUGAAGAAGCCCGAGAAGUGUUUGAAAACACAGAGAAAACAAUGGAGUUUUGGAAAACAUACAUUGAUGGAGAUCAGUGCGACCCCAAUCCAUGCAAAAACGGAGGUGUUUGCAAGGACGCAGUAAGUUCCUACGUGUGCUGGUGCCCAGCUGGGUACGAAGGCAGAAACUGUGAGAUAGACUUCACCUGUGCUAUUAAAAAUGGAGGCUGCAAGCAUUUUUGUAGGCACGACCCACCGCAGAGAGUUGUGUGUUCCUGCGCUGCUGGCUAUAGACUUCACGAAGAUGGAAAGUCCUGUGAACCUACAGUGCCGUAUCCCUGUGGGAGGAUCACAGCUCCUGAAGCGAAGAGCAAGCUCACCCGAGCCAUCAACACCUUUGAGCACUGGAACAUCACUGCUGAUGACCAGGACGAUGCUCAUGACAAGGCGCUUGACAACAUCACGGAAACCAGCACUGCCGCCACCACGAAAAUCACACCGAUAAUUAAGACGGGCACCCGGGUUGUCGGUGGAUCAGACAGCAUGAGAGGCGAGGUGCCCUGGCAGGUUUAUCUGGUGGACAGCCAAGGUGUGGGCUUCUGCGGCGCGUCCAUCAUCAAUGAGAAAUGGGUGGUGACAGCAGCACACUGCCUGAACGCAGGCGAUAACGUCACUGCUGUGGCAGGUGAAUACAACACCAACGAGGAUGACAACACGGAGCAGCGGCGUAAAGUGGUGAAAAUCCUUCCCCACCCCACGUAUGAUGCCACGAUCAACAAGCACCACAACGAUAUUGCCCUCCUGGAGCUGGACCAGCCGCUCAGCUUCAACAGCUACGUCACCCCCAUCUGCAUCGGCAGCCGGGAGUUCACCAACGCCCUGCUGAAGCACGGCAUAGCCACCGUCCUCCAGAUCCUCAAGGUGCCCUUUGUUGACCGGCCAACCUGCCUGAAGAGCACCUCCACCACCAUCCUGCAGAACAUGUUCUGCGCAGGCUUCGCGGCUGGCGGUGCUGACACCUGCGGGGGGGACAGUGGAGGUCCCUACACCACCGAGAUUGAGGGCACCUGGUUUCUCACGGGGAUCACCAGCUGGGGCGAGGAAUGUGCCAAGCCAGGUAAAUAUGGCAUCUACACCAGGGUCUCCAAGUACCUGAAGUGGAUAAAGGAAACAACAAGGCUCACCUAA